CACGUAGCAUUGGAUGCCAUCAGGUGCGCUCGCUCAACAUAUUGUGCCAUCGUGUGCCUAGCAGUCUCGCGGCAACGAGGAAACAAAUCAAUGAAGCAACCAGUCCAUGCUUUUCCCCGAAAGAAAGGGUAGAAGAGAGAAAAAAGAAGAGAAGAGAACAAGGCCCUCGCCAAAGUUUACCAAUCCGCCCGCCGCAUUGCCGCUUCGAGCGCUUGGCUAGCUGCAGAGUCCGUCUUCAGCCAGGGCAGCUAACCCCAUUCGCAACCACAGCAUUCUUCAUCUUGCCAAGGCACUCUGGGAGAGAUUGCAGCUGGCCGCCUGGCUGCCAGCUUAAUUCUCCGGCUCAGCUGACGGCUGGCUUUUUCUCCACCCUCGCAACGGUCCCCGUACAGGCCAGGCCGACUUGAUGACUGAUGACUCUUGGAGCAUCUGACGGCGACUGUGCACCGCACGGCCAUGGCAAGCAAGCGAGCGAGCGAGCGAGUGAAUGAGGGAGUGACGGAUUGAGUGGGUGAGUGGGUGGGUGGGUGCUGGGUGGACGAGGCGGGAGACAGCAAAAAGCUAACAAGCACCGCGAAAUGACCGUAUCAAAGCUUGCUUCUGUCCGCUCAACAACAGACGCCCGCCAGCACGCGGCGAAUAUCGCCAGACCAUGGUAGAGUUUGGCAGCAAUCGGACCGCUGCAACAGCACCCAUCCCUCCGCCGACCAUACAAUACUACUCAUCCAUCUGGAUAUCCGUGCACCGUGGUCCCUUUUUUUUUUUUCCUUCUCUUCCUUCUUUGCACCCACGCCAAAAGGCGACUCGCUGGUUUAGCCUCUGCAACCGGCUACCCCUAACUCCAUGGCAGCCAUUUCCAAAUGUCAUUGCGCCUGGCGGUGGAAAUUGCCUUAGCGCGAGUUGUCUGCACUAUUGGUAA